AUGACGGGCGAAGUGCCGCAGUCGACCAAGACGCCUCUUUGGCGACUUAUCUUUGAUCAAGGCGCCCUUACGCAGCCGGUGAUCGAUCAUACCUACCAGGGCGCCGGCACCGACGAGGAUCCCUUCGUGAUCAAUUGGCUGGGAACCGAUCCGCGCGUUCCCAUGAAGUACUCGGCCGUGGCCAGAUGGCUGAUCACCUUCCUUGUGGGCAUCGCCACUAUGGCCGUCGCCCUCGUCUCAUCCGCCUACACUGGUGGCAUCGUCGAGGUGGUGACCGACUUUCGCGUGAGCGAGGUAGCCAUCCUCGGCAUCUCGCUGUUCGUGAUCGGGUUUGCCGUCGGCCCACUGAUCUGGACGCCUCUCAGCGAGAUUUACGGUCGUCGAUAUAUCUUCAUCGCCAGUUCCUUCGGUCUCACCGCGUGCACAGCCGGCUCCGCGGGCUCGCAGAAUACCUGGACCCUUAUCAUCCUGCGCUUCUUCGCCGGCGGCGCGAUUGCCGACUGUUUUCCGGCCAUCAGUCGCGGACUGGCGAGCGGCUUGUACUGCGCUGCACCCUUCCUCGGACCGACGUUGGGGCCAUAA